UAUGCGUUAUAUACUAUUGUACACAUAUUUAAUGCUUGUUUUGCCUUAUUAUUUAUAAGAAGAUGAUAUUGGACAAAAAAUGAGCUUGUUAGCGCUGUGGAUUAAAACCUAUACGGGUAAAGACGGAAGAUUUCUUUCUGACACAAUCACUGAAGAUUUUGUGGAUGAUGUUAAAGCUAAGGUUGAAGAGCUGAGGAUGAUGCACCCUAAGAUGUUUGAACAAGAGCUUGAAGAUGAAGCAUUUCAGCAAACUAUGUAUGGCAAUGAGAUUCCAGAUCGUCCUGUGGGUUACGGAUUAGGGGUUAAAGAGGGGGAAAUUUUCGGAGUACGUGGUGUGUUAAGGAAGGAAGGGUAUGGAAAAAUUCAAAAGAGGAAUAUUGUGAUGGAUAGUGUUAAAGAAUAAGUGAAUGCUUUACACAAAAAAAAUGAUACACUAUCUCAAGAAAAUGAAAAGCUGAAAGACCGGGUCGGCUACAAUAGUCUUCUUCUUAAAGCGCUUGUUGGACAAUUUUCUCAUAUUGUAGGUGCAGUUCGUCAAGGGAAUGCAUCUCCGGAUCUUUUAAACAAAGCAUCUGAAUUCUUAGGAAAGGCUAGCAUCAGAUUGGAAAAGGCAAUGUAGGUGCAA